AUGAUGAACAGUCUGGAGGAUCAGAGCGAAGGGUUCGAAUACUUUAGUGAAGACGAGGUUUCAGUUGUUGAUGUUUUCACGUCGUCAUGUUGGGCGGCGCGGGCAGAGCGCGAGAGGAGUGCACGAGACUGCACAGAUUUCUGCGCGAGACCAGCGACCCAAACGCACGCGCACGCGCGCGUUACCGAACUGAAGAUGAAGCUGAGCGAGCUGUUCUGCAUCACGGUGCUCGUGAGUUCCGGUUCCGGCGCCCCGCACUACGAUCGGAAGGAGAAGCGGGUCCAGUACGCGCCCUGGGAGGACGUGAACGUGCUCGCGCACGGGCUGCUCCAGCUCGGACAGAGCCUGAAGGAGCACGUGGACCGCACGCGCGGCCAGAUGCGCGAGGCGACCGUCAAGCUCGCGGUGGUGAACGGGAGCGUGAGCGAGCUGCGCGCGGCCACGCAGCACCUGCACGCGGACACCGCGGAGCUGCGGGCGCGCGCGCAGCGGCUGGAGGAGCGCGAGGGCCGCAUCCUGAACGUCACCGCGGCGCUGCAGGAGAAGCUCGAGAAGAGCGCGAGCGGCAACCACAGCGACGCGCGAGCUGUGCAGCUGCUGCUCGAGACGCAGAACAAGCGCAUCGAUGAACUGGUGGAGCGGAUCAAACUGCAGCAGGAAAAACUGGACAAACAGAACCUGCGGAUCCGGACCCUGCAGAACCAGAUCCAGAUGAAAACUGAGCCGUCAGUCUCCAGCAGUGAUGAAGCUCCGGCGCUGAUGGACCAGCGAGAUGCUCCAGCAGUGACAACAGCAUCAAACUGUCAUGAACUCUUCCUGAGAGGAGAAACUAAACGUGGACUUUACACACUUCAACCCUCCGACUCCCAACCCAUCGACGUCUACUGUGAAAUGACGUCCGAAGCCGGAUGGACGCUGAUCCAGAGACGCCAGGACGGAUCUGUUGAUUUCGAUCAGCUGUGGGACGAUUAUCGCAACGGAUUCGGAAACCUGAACGGCGAGUUUUGGCUCGGACUGGAGAAAAUCCACCGUCUGACCAGAGACGGAGAUUACAUCCUGAGAAUCCAGAUGUCUGAUUGGCUGGACGAACACCGGGCCGUGCAGUACCGCUUCCGUCUGGCCGGAGAGAAACAAAACUACUCGCUCCGGAUUUUGGAAAGUCCUGCUGGGAAUCUGGAAAGUGCUUUAAGCUCCGAGUCCUCCUCCGGCCUGCCCUUCUCCACCCGCGACCGGGACAACGACCAAAAACUCGACCUCAACUGCGCCAAACAUCUAUCUGGAGGCUGGUGGUUCUCUAACUGCGGUCGCUCCAACCUGAACGGCAGAUAUUUCAUUACUCCACCCAAACAGAGGCACGAGAGGAAACAGGGCGCCUUCUGGAAGACCUGGCACAGUCGAUACUACCCGCUGAAGAGCACGACCAUGAUGAUUACGUCCGCACAGACGCAGAACGAAUCAUAAACCCUUCUGAUUGUGCUGCAGACUUUACCCGGCCACGCCGCUCGUGUACAUUGUGAAACGGAGCUUUCCAAGAAUUGAUGGGUGCUCACAAGGAGAAAUUGGCCGACAUCCAGAUCUGCAUGUCGGAACAAAACUGAUGGAAUUCUCACGAACUGAAAAACAUCUUUAACACCUGAAGCUGCGUUCGGUUCAGAUUUAGGUUUAUUGGUGCCUGUAGGUUUACAGACGAUGUAAAAAUGUGGACCAAACGUGAUCGAACGUGCAGUUUAAUUCAUGUGUGAUGAAAAGCUCGAUUUAUCCACCAUGAGAUGAUGUGAGAUGGAUGGAUGGAUGGACCACGCCUUUAUUUGUCAUAUAUACAGAUACACAUGUGCGGUACAAUGUAAUGUUUCUUGUGUACGGCCCCCAGGAGCCGAGAGGAUUUAGGGUUUUGCUCGAGCAGAGCUGGGAUUCCAACACACAACUUUUCGGUCCCUAGCCCAAAGCUCUACCCACUAGUCCGAUGUUUAGUGUUGAGGAUGAAAGAGUCGGUUCUUCUUUUCUGUUCUGUUUGAAUUGGAGUUUUGAGGAAUAAACGUGGACGUUCCUGUGAUGAUUUCAGUCAUAUUGACUGCGGCUAACAAUCUUCCUGCUGUUAAAUAUUCAAUAAUAAUUGUUGUUUGUACGUAAGAGAUUUUAUAUUAUUAUACAUGACUGUUCGUUUCUGUUUGUGUUUUUUGUAUUUUUUUCCCUCCUAAUUUAUGUUUCUAAGAAACUUUUAUUAUUUUUUACGAGAUAAAAGAUCUCAGAUGUGACAAUAAAUGUAUUUUUAAAAAGCA